CUGGUCCAGUCGAUGCCAGGCUGUGUUGAGAGGUACAGAGCCCGCACAGCCUCUCAGUCCCGGCCGCCGGAGCUCAGGGGGCGGAAUGUACCCGCGGCACGAAGGGGCUCCGGGGGGCCCCGGCUUCUACCCAGCGGUGUGAAACAGAUGGAGGAACCGGGGUCAGCAUGGGGAAGAUGAGCUGCCCCGAGGUCAGCGCCCUCCUGCUGCCCCUACUGCACCUGGCACUGGGUUAUCUUACCGUCACCAUUGAGCCGGUCCCUCCGGUGGUGGUGGGAGACGCAGUAACCUUAAAAUGUAACUUCAAAACAGAUGGAAGGAUGCGGGAGAUCGUCUGGUACAGGGUGACAGAUGGUGGGACCAUCAAACAGAAGAUCUUCACGUUCGAUGCAAUGUUUUCUACCAAUUAUUCUCACAUGGAGAAUUACCGCAAAAGAGAAGACUUGCUCUAUCAGUCAACUGUGCGGCUUCCCGAAGUCCGCAUUUCUGAUAACGGACCUUACGAAUGCCACGUUGGAAUUUACGACAGAGCCACGCGUGAGAAAGUGGUCCUCGCUUCUGACAACGUAUUCCUUAACGUUAUGUCUCCUCCCAUAUCGAUUGCGGUGAUUGCGGCUGAAUCUCCCGCGCCAUUCAGCAGAUACCAAGCGCAGAACUUUACCCUGGUUUGCAUUGUAUCAGGAGGGAAGCCAGCCCCCCAGGUUUCAUUCAAGAGGGACGGGGAAUUUAUUGAAGUUGUUCCAAUGGCAGAGCCCCCAGCUGCUGCAGCCGGACUGAUGGCCAUUCGGGCGUCAAAGAACCUACUUAAUCGGGAUAUGGAUGACACUAAAAUGCAAAAAUCCCUUUCACUGCUGGAUACAGAGGAGAGGGGGCUGAGUCCUUUCACUGAAAAACCUUUCCGAAUACACACAGGUGACCAAGGACCUAUGUCCAUCCCUGUGACGGAGGCCAUCCCAGAAACGGUGGUCAGUCUAGAAUUUCCGCGUUGGGUUCACAGUACGGAUCCUGCUUAUUUCUUCCACCAAAUGCAUCUUCCAAUGAGUGAUGGGACAGUGGAGGUUCGAGCAAUGCUCACCUGGACUUUAAACCCACAAGUAGAUAAUGAAGCUCUGUUUAGCUGUGAAGUGAAGCACCCAGCACUCUCCAUGCCUAUGCAGUCUGAAGUUACACUAGCUGCUCCAAAAGGGCCGAAAAUAACCAUGAGUCCAACCAGAGCUCGGGUAGGAGACACUGUUCGGAUCGCGGUGCAAGGAUUCCAGAAUGAUGUCUUUCCGGAGCCUCUCUUCACGUGGACCAGAGUGGGAGGACGACUCCUCGAUGGCAGCUCAGAGCACGAUGGCAAGGAACUGAUUUUAGAAAGAGUUCCGGCAGAACUGAACGGCUCAAUGUAUCGCUGCACGGCACAGAAUCCUCUGGGUUCUACGGACACACACACCAGACUUAUAGUAUUUGAAAACCCCAAUAUUCCGAGGGGAGCAGAAGAUUCUAACAAUUCAGUUCCCGUUAUUGGCAGCUCCGGUCUUAUUUUGGUGCUUCUCAUCUUGACAGUAAUUCUGGAACUUACGUGAAAAGAAAAAACUUAAAACAAAAUGGGAGCCUGCCGAAUCCUCAAAGACUUCACAAAAAAAGUAUUCCGUUUACUUCAAUCAAUAAUUUUUUUUGUUUUUCUAUACUAGCUCCAGUCUUGUUAUUGGUGGAUUUCUGUCUGUGUUUUGGCUUUCUCAAGCUGAUAAAUUAAAAAAAAAAAAAAAAAACAACAAAAAAAAAUCUCUCCUUCUCAAUAUGUGUCUUUCCUGAUUCACCGCUGCCCCCCCAAAAAUGCACUGACUUCCAAAAAAAAUAAAAAUAGUAAAAAAAAAAAAACGACAAAAUGAUUCUACAUAAGAGUUAAUGCUUAGGAAACAUGGCGGCCGAAGUGAAGAAACGCUCCUUUCACUCCCCGAAUCUUUUUAACACGACACGAAGAGAAGAUCCUUCUAGCUGCGUGUGGACAGCAGACAUUUCUCUGGAGAGUUUAAUUGCAUAUUUUUGAAGAUAUUAUUGGUUCAUUACUAUAAAGAGUUUCUAAUUAAAAAAAGACACUUAAUAUUCCUAGUAACUAAUUGUCCGGUAACUUGGUUACAUUUAUAUUUAUAGCGACACAGUGGUUAUUACCAAUCUGACAGCUGUUACCGACCGUUAAUAUUCCCUAUUUACACUUAAAAAGUCAAAUCUUCAUUAAAGCAAGCUUUAUUUUCUUUGAUUAAA